UGUUCGUUUAAAGGUGACGGUCGAGCAGUUUCUCUUCUCUGCAAAUCACUGUUAAUUCUGAUAAUGGAUACUCAAACAGCCUAUCCUCGUGGCUACAACCAGAAGCAUGAUCCCAACAUUAUUGGGCACCACCACGGGGAAGACAAGCAUCACCAUGAGAAGAAAUCAGUUUUGAAGAAGGUUAAGGCAAAGGCAAAGAAGAUAAAGGACACGAUCACAAAACAUGGGCAUGGUCACAACCAUGACCAUGAUGAUCAUGGUCAUCAGUACCAUGAGGGGCAUAUCCCUGAUGAUCAUGACCUGGACGGGGGAGACGACGAUAAAGAAGAAAUUGUUGAUGAUCCAGAAGUUCAUAGGCCACCAAUGUACGAGUCUGCCGCUGCUAGAGUAAUUGUCUCUGGACAACAGAAAGACUUGAGCCAUGCUGGAAUUACAUACGGGAGGUCAAAAGCCUUGCGUCCCGAUCCUCUAGCACCAAGAGACAGCUCUGAAACUUUCUAUUCUGGAAACGACAAGACCAAAUACUAUAAUGAUCCAGCGAUGAGUUCUGUUCCUGGCCUGAAGGCGCUGGCGACAGAACAACCAAGGGUUAACUCUUUGAAGACAACUGUCACGGUUGAAGAACCUCUAGCGCCGCAAAACACACCUAUGCCUCGUACUUCUCAUCAGAGCAAUGAUGCUAAUCCAACUAGGACAUUUCUUCAUGGGCAAGAGGAAUAUCCCGGGCAACCAAAAGUUAAUUUGCAAAGACCAAAAGGGUUGGAGGAGGACCCUGCUGCUCCAGAGGACACUCCUCAUGCUUAUACUACUACAAAUUAUCAGUCCAAAGUCACAGAUCCAACUGGAAAUGGUGGAGAAGCAACAGGGAUAACUCCAAUUCUUCAUUCCUUAGAUAAAAUGAAAAUCUAUGACGAGCAAAAUAUAGGAAGAGAGCAGAACUUACCACCUGGAACUCAUCAUAGGUCAUCAAAACUAACCUUCCCCAUGGGAAGCCAUGAUCAAUUCUCUCCUGAACCAACUCCCGCAAUACCCAUCAAAAUCCCGGAAAAAUCCCCACUUGUCUCAGAAACCAUGGAGACUACAAAACCUGAAGAGCACGUACAUAACAUCCCAUCUGAUAAACAGUCAAACCUGACCAGUUACUCUGAGAAAAUAUCAUCUGCCACCUCUGCUAUUGCAGGUAAAGCAGAGUCGGCCAAAGACAUGGUAGCUUCAAAGCUUGGAUAUGGUGAAAAAGAUCAAACACCUGCAAAUGAAUCGCAUGAAGGUCAAGGCGCAACCAAGCUAGCAUCAGCAGUAGAUUAUGGAAAGAAAAUGGCCGUAGCUGUCACUGAAAAACUAACUCCAGUGUACGAGAAAGUUGCGGAGGUGGGAAGUACCGUUGUAUCAAAACUACAUGGCCCUGGCACUGGGACUGCCAGCGAAGUUCAUACUGAGGUUGAAGAGCAGGAUGAAGGAGUGUCAAUGAAGGGCUAUAUUGCGGAAAAAUUGAGGCCUGGUGACGAAGAUAGGGCGCUGUCAGAAGUCAUUACAGAUGCUUUGCAUAAACGAAAGGAGGAUCCUGAGAAGGAAACAAGGCCAAGGGAAAAGGUGAUAGAGUCAGUGGAGGUGUCAAGGCGGUUGGGCACAGGGGAUGAGAGAGACGACAGGGCAGGUUCAGGCACCGUGAACAAUCCCACUACGGGCGUUGUGGAUAAGCUUAAAGGCGCUGUUGAUUCAUGGUUUGGUAAAGGUGAAGAGUCACCGGGAAUUCAACAGGCACAUGGUUCCUCAUAUGGUAAUGAAGGUUUUUCGAGUUCUACAGGCGAGCGAAGACUUCAGGAGUCGGGCAAUUGAUUCUUCAAGAAAUUACAAAGCUGGUACAAUGGUCUUUACCCCUGCGUGGCGAGCAUGUUUUUGUAAUAAAAGUGAAUCCUGUACAGUACUACUAUCAUUCUGUCUGUGUAGCUAUGGGUCUGUGGCCUUAGCUUCACGUGUGUUUAAUUGCUGUUUAGACUGAGACACGUGUGCUUCCAGUGUGGUAUAUAUAAAUAAUUGCUACAAUAAACAAAUCUGCAACGAUCUUCAUAUAUAUAGCGGUGAAAUUCUGA